AUGGGCAGCCUGUACUCAGAGUACCUGAACCCCGACAAGGUCCUGGAGCACUAUAACUACACCAAGGAGACUCUGGACGUCCCGCAGACGCUCUCCCGCCAGGUGGCCUUGGUCCUCAUCAUCAUCCUGUGCUGUGCCAUCGUGGUGGAGAACGUGCUGGUGCUGGUCGCCGUCGCCCGCAACAGCAAGUUCCACUCGGCCAUGUACCUGUUCCUGGGCAACCUGGCAGCCUCGGACCUGCUGGCGGGCGUGGCCUUCAUAGCCAACACCUUGCUCUCGGGCUCCGUCACCCUGCACCUGACACCCGUGCAGUGGUUUGCCCGCGAGGGCUCGGCUUUCAUCACGCUCUCCGCCUCCGUCUUCAGCCUCCUGGCCAUCGCCAUCGAGCGCCAUGUGGCCAUUGCCAAGGUCAAGGUCUACGGCAGCGACAAGAGCUGCCGCAUGCUGCUGCUUAUCGGGGCCUCCUGGCUCAUCUCGCUGGUUCUCGGUGGCCUGCCCAUCCUCGGCUGGAACUGCCUGGGUCACCUCGAGAGCUGCUCCACCGUUUUGCCGCUCUACACCAAAGACUACGUGCUCUGUGUGGUGACCAUCUUCUCUGUCAUCCUGUCGGCCAUCGUAGUUCUGUACGUCCGCAUCUACUGCGUGGUCCGCUCCAGCCAGGCCGAGGUGGCUGGCACGCAGACGCUGGCCCUUCUCAAGACAGUCACCAUCGUGCUGGGGGUCUUCAUUGUUUGCUGGCUGCCUGCCUUCAGCAUUCUCCUCCUGGACUACGCCUGCCCCGUGCGCGCCUGCCCUAUCCUCUACAAGGCCCACUACUUUUUUGCUUUCGCCACCCUCAACUCGCUGCUCAACCCCGUCAUCUACACGUGGCGGAGCCGGGACCUGCGGCAGGAGGUGCUGCGGCCCCUGCAGUGCUGCCAGAAGGUGGCGGGGGGGCGAGGACAGCAGGAUGGGACCCCCCAUCACCGCCUCCUGCCCCUCCGAAGCUCGAGCUCGCUAGAGAGGGGCACCCACAUGCCCUCGUCGCCUACGAUUCUGGAGGGCAACACCGUGGUGUGA